UAGAGGAGGGAGAGCCGUUCGUUCAGCGUUGCUCUCGGACUCUGAAUAACAAUUCCAUUCUCAUUCCCAUCUUCCUGGAUCUCCUCUCCUUCUUCUUUCUCUCCGUUACCAAUUUCGAUGCUACCUCUUCAACAUUCAUCAUUGUUAUACAACUAUUCCUAAUCGUUUUGUUUCGAAUUGAAAGAAGAAGAGGAAGAAGAAGAAAAAGAUGAGCGUGAUCUCUCGGAACAUUUGGCCGGUUUGCGGAAGCCUUUGCUGCUUUUGCCCCGCGCUUCGAGAACGUUCCAGGCAUCCUAUUAAGCGUUACAAGAAAUUGCUUGCUGAUAUUUUCCCGCGCACACAGGAUGAAGAACCGAACGAACGUAUGAUUGGCAAGUUAUGCGAGUAUGCCUCCAGAAAUCCUCUCCGUGUCCCUAAGAUAACGAGUUAUCUCGAGCAGAGGUGUUACAGAGAGUUGAGAAGUGAAAACUAUCAAUCUGUGAAAGUUGUUAUAUGUAUCUAUAGGAAGUUGUUGAUUUCCUGCAAAGACCAAAUGCCGUUGUUUGCGAGUAGCUUGCUUAGCAUCAUACAAAUUCUUCUUGAUCAAACGCGGCAUGAUGAAGUGCAGAUUUUAGGUUGCCAAACUCUGUUUGACUUUGUGAACAAUCAGAGGGAUGGUACUUAUAUGUUCAAUUUAGAUGCGUUCAUUUCAAAACUUUGCAAUCUAGCUCAAGAAAUGGGCGAUGAUGACAAAAUACAACAUUUGCGUGCUGCUGGGCUUCAAGUCCUUUCAUCAAUGGUUUGGUUCAUGGGUGAAUUCUCGCACAUUUCAGCUGAAUUUGACAAUGUUGUCUCAGUUGUUUUGGAAAAUUAUGGGGAUGUCACACAAGAUUCUCAAAAUGGGAAUCCGAUGAGACUUUAUUCUUGGAGAACGAUAGUGAAUGACAAAGGAGAAAUUAAUGCACCUACGGAGGAUACCAAGAACCCUGGAUUUUGGUCACGGGUUUGCAUACAAAAUAUGGCAAAGUUAGCUAAGGAGGGUACAACAGUUCGACGUGUUCUAGAAUCCUUGUUCCGCGAUUUUGAUAAUGCCAAUGUCUGGUCUCCGGAACAUGGGCUUGCUCUUUCUGUCUUGCUCGACAUGCAAUCUAUAAUAGAAAAUUCUGGACAGAAUACGCACUUGUUACUGUCCAUUUUAGUCAAGCACCUUGAUCACAAGAAUGUCUUAAAGAAUCCUAAUAUGCAGCUUGACAUAGUUGGUGUUAUUACCCAUCUUGCUCAACAAACAAGAGUUCAACAAUCUGUGGCUAUAAUUGGUGCAUUGAGUGAUAUGAUGAGACACCUGCGAAAAAGCAUACACUGCUCUCUUGAUGAUUCAAAUUUAGGGGCCGAAGUAAUACAAUGGAACCAAAAAUACCGAAUGGAAGUAGAUGAAUGCCUUGUACAGUUAACAAUGAAGAUUGCAGAUGCAGGUCCUGUUCUUGAUACCAUGGCUGUGUUGCUGGAGAGCAUGUCUAAUAUUACUGUUAUGGCCAGAACCUUGAUUGGUGCAGUGUAUAGAACUGCUCAAAUAGUUGCGUCAAUACCAAAUUUGUCAUAUCAGAACAAGGCUUUCCCUGCGGCAUUAUUUCAUCAGUUACUCCUGGCAAUGGUCCAUGCAGACCAUGAAACCAGGGUGGGUGCACACCGCAUAUUUUCUGUUGUUCUAGUGCCAUCUUCAGUUUGUCCUCAACCUUCUUCUUCAGAGCCCCCCUUGACAAAGGCAAAUGAUAUUCAAAGGAUGCUCUCAAGAAAUGUGUCUGUUUUUUCUUCUUCAGCUGCACUCUUUGAGAAAUUGGAGAGGAAGCGAAAUUCCUUGCCAGAAGAUACUCAAACAGAUGGAAAGAUCAAUGAUAACUCUAUUUUGAACAGAUUGAAGUCAACUUAUAGUCGGACUGCUAGUACAAGAAAAUCUGCUAUGACCACCAGUGAAUCUAUAGUUAACAGGAACCCAAAGAUCAAUAAUUCUUCUUCUAUGAUGAAUAGAUUGAAGUCAAGUUACAGCCGAGUUACUAGUGUGAAGAAGCCCCAAUUAACCGUAUCUGCGGAAGAAAAUACUGCAGACACUUCCAAUAAACAACAGGUAUUACCCAUUAGGCUUAGUAGUCAUCAGAUUACCCUUCUGCUAUCAUCCCUCUGGGCCCAGUCUAUUCAUCCUCUGAACACGCCUGAAAGUUUUGAAGCAAUUGCUCAUACCUACAGCCUUGUCUUGCUAGUUGCUCGGAGUAAGAAUUCCUGUGAUGAUGCUCUAGUUCAAAGUUUUCAGUUGGCAUUUUCCUUGAGGAGCAUUUCUCUCAACGAAAAGGUAAAACUGCAACCAUCACGCCGCAGAUCUCUCUUUACUCUUGCAACAUCCAUGAUUAUCUUUACAUCCAAGGCGUACAACAUCCUCUCUCUCAUUUCAAUUGCUAAAAUGGCAUUGACAGAUAAAACAGUUGAUCCAUUCCUGCAACUGGUUAAUGACAGCAAGCUACAAGCUGUUGUUGAUACAGCCAGGCAGCCAGGUAAAGUUUAUGGAUCAAAAGAGGACGAUGAAGAUGCUUCAAAGACACUUUCAGCAAUAAAGUUAACUGAGAGCCAGUCUAAAGAAUCAUUUGCUACUAUGAUAGUGCAGAGUGUGGGAAAACCGUCGGAUGAAUCAUCCAUCCUAAGAGAACAGCUACUCAAUGACUUUUUGCCUCAUGAUGCUUGUCCAUUGGGAGUCCAGUUACCUGCUGAGACAACAGAAAACAUGUACCAGUCCGGACUAAAAGAUGAUAAACAUCCAGAUAUGGUUGAUAUACCAUUAUUUACUAUUGACGACGACAUUCCAGUUUGUGGUUUGGAAACCCAAGCUAAUCCUGAUGCACAGCAACAGCCCUCACAAAAUCUAAGCCUGCUGAGUGUUGAUGACAUUUUGGGUUCAGUUUCUGAGACAACACAUCAGGUAGGAAGGAUUUCUAUUUCAACACCGUUUGACAUGCCUUAUAAGGAAAUGGCUCUCCAUUGUGAGGCCCUCCUUGUGGGAAAGCAGCAGAAGAUGUCCACUUUCAUGGGUUCCCUUCCAUUAAAUUCAUUUAGGAUUCCUGCUCCUAAAUACAACCAGGAAACAGACGUAUCCUCAAAUUCCAAUGUCCAACAGAGUUUACCUUCGAGUGGAAAUCCGUUCUUGGAUUCAAACUUUGGCUCUGCUUCACACAACACAUUGCCUGACACUGGUCCAAGGCUUUGUGCAACAGCAUACCAGCAUCAAGCUGACUUCUUUCAGCUGCCAGUAUCACGUCCAUAUGAUAAUUUUUUGAAAGCUGCUGGUUGUUAAUUCCUGACAGAAAGGUGAUUCUCAUAUAGUUGAGCUUCUUGAUAACUCUGUCCUCACAUUAGUUGAUAUACAAGAUACUCGGAAAAGUUGCACUAGGUGCUUUCUUGACCAUGAAUUGGUUGUUAUGGUUGGAUCAGUGUGUUGUUUAGGGGGCAACAAUUAUCAAUCAGACAGUUGACUAAAUUAUAUCUCUUCUCCAUUGAUUUGCUUCCAGCAAGGAGGUCUAUCUUUUAUUAGCGUCCUUGCAAAUUUUUCAGAGCUGUGUUUAUAUGUGCUUAGGUUACUGGUCAUGUGCGUGUUUACAAUUUUUUUUUUCUUUUUCUUUUUCUUUCCUUCCUUCGUUGUUCUUUAACCUCUCAUUCCAUCAUUGGGGGUGUGAGAUUUUGUAAAGACAAUCCUUUAGACAGAGAUUUCAAUCUACAAAUCGAUCAAAUCAAACCACUCAGAAAAAUUGCUAUGUCCCUUGAAGUUCAUCAUUGCACGAAUCAGUUUUGCUCCUGCAAGGUUGAAAUAAGCGUUGAAACGAGAUCAUGGUAUAGUAGGCUUUCUCUGGUUUAUGUUCCCUGUUAAAGCA